CUCGUCGCAUAUAAUCUCACCACUUGUCACCGAGUUGCUGUUGGAGAAAUGGAUUAUCCCCUAAACGCUGCCGUUUGGCCUUACAUCCGAAUCGUCUCCAGAGGAAAUCUUGUUUGGCCGCCGAGAAAAGGAAAAGCUUUGCCAUAACUGUCCAAAAUCCUUCCUUCUUUCCCGAGAAAACAAGUAUCUUGAAGCAUAUAGACACCCAAAAAUCAAAACUUGAAGAGAUAAGAGGUCAGUAAAUCUCCCUCAGCUUUCCUCAUCACCUUAUGUCUACGGUCUUAAACUGAAACCUUUGAGCUUAACAAAGUAACUUACUGGUAUUCAAAACUGUUCAAAUAUUUCUGGUCUUUAUUUAUUGUAAGUGGAGAGGUUGUCCUCUCUUGUGUAAUGAGUUGAAGAAAUUAACAACCAUAACUUUCAGCAUGACCAUGGCUGCUUCAGAAGCAGUUUUACGAGCUCUAUCUGGUGGUUUACCUCACACUUGUUCUGAUCCAUAUAUCAACAAUUGGAAGUCUGUGCUUUUCUUUAAAUCCAGAGUAAACUGUAGAAAUAAUGGAGGUUCACUGUACCAAAAGUCAAAAAAUUGUUCGAGAAUGUUAUGGAAAUAUACGUGGAUCAAUGCAUGUCAGGGUGAGGAUGUUGCAUGCUAUGUGGAAACUCAACGUGCUAAGAGGCUGGAAUCUAUGAGAUUCAAGUGCCAAAGGGCUGAUAGUGUUAGUGGGGUAACUGCAAAUGAGAAUUUACCACCUAUAUCACGUCCUGUAAAUACAGUAGGUGUCACAGUGAAUGGUAAUGUAGCUUCAGCAGCAACAGUUAGGGAAAAAUCACACAAGGCACAUGAGGGAUCAGUUGAGGAAGAAGCAUGGGAUCUCCUCCGAGCAUCAGUUGUUUACUAUUGUGGUAAUCCUAUUGGGACAAUUGCUGCUAAUGAUCCAUCCGAUACUAGCAUUCUGAACUAUGAUCAGGUCUUUAUUCGAGACUUCAUUCCUUCAGGAAUAGCUUUCCUUUUGAAGGGAGAGUAUGAUAUUGUACGGAAUUUCAUCCUUUAUACCCUUCAAUUGCAGAGUUGGGAGAAAACCAUGGAUUGUCAUAGUCCUGGUCAAGGGUUGAUGCCUGCUAAUUUCAAGGUGCGCACUGUUCCCCUUGAUGGUGAUGAUUCUGCUACUGAGGACAUUUUAGAUCCUGACUUUGGUGAAGCAGCAAUUGGUCGAGUUGCACCAGUUGAUUCUGGAUUGUGGUGGAUUAUAUUGUUACGAGCUUAUGGAAAAUGCUCCGGAGAUCUUUCCGUGCAAGAGAGAGUUGAUGUGCAAACUGGGAUUAAAAUGAUUUUAAAACUGUGUCUUGCUGAUGGUUUUGAUAUGUUUCCAACGUUAUUGGUGACGGAUGGUUCUUGCAUGAUAGAUCGUCGCAUGGGAAUUCAUGGACAUCCAUUGGAGAUUCAGGCACUCUUUUAUUCAGCAUUACUUUGUGCACGUGAAAUGCUUGCUCCCGAGGAUGGAUCAGCUGACCUCAUUAGAGCUCUUAACAAUCGUCUAGUUGCGCUAUCUUUCCACAUAAGGGAAUACUAUUGGAUUGAUAUGAAAAAAAUUAAUGAGAUCUACCGUUACAAGACUGAGGAAUACUCAUAUGAUGCAGUCAAUAAGUUUAAUAUCUACCCGGAUCAAAUCCCUUCAUGGUUAGUGGACUUCAUGCCAAAUAGAGGAGGUUAUUUGAUUGGAAACCUGCAGCCUGCUCACAUGGACUUCCGUUUCUUCUCUCUUGGAAACUUAUGGUCUAUAAUAAGUAGUCUUGCAACGGUGGAUCAGUCACAUGCCAUAUUGGAUCUUAUUGAAGCAAAAUGGGCAGAUUUAGUGACUGAGAUGCCAUUCAAAAUAUGCUAUCCCAGUCUUGAGGGCCAGGAAUGGCGAAUUAUUACAGGCAGUGAUCCUAAGAACACUCCGUGGUCUUACCACAAUGGAGGUUCUUGGCCAACUUUACUCUGGCAGCUCACUGUGGCUUGCAUAAAGAUGAAUAGACCAAAGAUUGCAGAAAGAGCGGUUAAGCUUGCUGAGCGGCGCAUAUCUAGAGACAAGUGGCCAGAAUACUAUGAUACUAAGAAAGCAAGGUUUAUUGGAAAACAGGCUCGGCUAUUUCAAACCUGGUCAAUUGCAGGUUAUCUUGUUGCCAAGCUCCUUCUUGACAAUCCAAGUGCAGCAAGGAUCCUUGUAAAUGAAGAAGAUUCAGAGCUUCUAAAUACCCUUUGUGACAUGAUCAAUGCCAAUCCGAGGAGGAAACGUGGCCGGGUUGGAUUUAAGCAACCGUUCAUAGUAUGAUCUCAUACUGUGAAGUUCAAGAGAUGGUUCAGCAGAUUAUUUAGACGUCUACAUUUUGUAAGAUAAUAAAUUAUACAGCAUGAGUGUGCUAUUCUGUGUCAUACCACCAUUGUAAUAUUGUUGCGGACAUAAUAUAGCUGUGGGAAUAUUGAUGAUGAUCGAUACCUCAUUCCUUUGAGCAAUGAAGAGAAUUGGUAUUGUAAACAUGAAUUGGUUAAUGAACUCUUAUGAAAUGCCCAAGUUUUGUA